AUGGGUGAUAAAGAAGAGGUUGAGCGAGUGUUCAAGCGGUUCGAUGUCAACGGCGAUGGGAAGAUCUCGUUGUCAGAGUUUGCUGAUGCUCUCAAAUUGUUGGGAUUAACUUCUCAGGAUGAAGUUCAGCGUCGCAUGGCGGAGAUUGAUAAAGAUGGUGAUGGAUCUAUUACUCUUGACGAGUUAAUUGAAUUUCAAAGUACUCAUCCUAACUUGAUGACGGAUAUCAUGAAGAAACUCUAAACAACAUUUUACUAUCAUUAUAUUAUUGAUUAAUCAUGUUAAGAUGAUUAAUUAAUUUAACAACCGUUAAAGUGUAUUAUUGUACGAGGCUUCCUUUAGUUGUUACGUAGGAUUGACUCGUGUGUACACAUCAUUCAUUUGUUU